AGGGAGAGUGUUGAGCAGAGAGAGGAAAGCAGCUUUAAUUGCAGGGCAGAGAGAAAAGCCAGCGAUGGCUUCGCUCAGGCAGGAGCACCAGUACGGGCUCUCAUGUGAAAAAAAUAACAAAAACAGCCCGAACAGGACGCUGUACCAUGUCAAGCUCACGGACACGGCUAUCAGGGCGCUGGAGGCUUACCAAAACCUCAAGGGAUCUUUACCAACUGAACCAUCAAUUUGUUUCAAAGGAAACCAAGGGUACAUCAAGAUCCCAACACCCACACCAGAGUCGCCUUCCGCUCUUCGCGUCUUCUCCUUCUACUUAUCCAGUGACAGCAAAGACCAACCUCAAGCCAGCUUUGACUGCAUCCAUCAAUAUGUUUCAAGUGAUGGCCGCGAGCAGCUGGAGGGUCAAGGCAUCAUCCAGGACAAGAUCACAGUGUGCGCCACCGACGACUCCUACCAGAUGACCCGUGAAAGGAUGUCUCAGGUGGAGAAGGACAGCUGGAGCCGCUCUGCCAUUGAGAUCAAACCCGGAGCCACACAUCCAAGUAAAUGUGUCAAGUUCCACAAGAGGUCAGCUCCUCUGUCUGCAUCAGACAGUAGCUGCCCUAAGCAGUCUACCAACAACCGGAGGAAUGGCGGUAUCGCCACGCCGACCCAGAAGCCCUUAAGGGAGCGUAUCAUCCAACUCCUAGCUCUCAAACCCUACAGGAAACCAGAGCUGCUGCUGUGGCUGGAAAGAGAAAGAGCCGGCCCCAAGGACAAGGCUGAGCUGGGUGCCAUACUGGAGGAGGUUGCAAAAGUGAAUCCCAAAGACAGCAGCUACCUGCUGAGGGAUGACUUCUACAAGCACGUGCAGAGGGACUGGCCCGGCUACAGCGAGGAGGAGAGGCAGCUGAUCGGCAGGCUGCUGGCCAGGAAGUUGCAGCCACACAUCAGCCACCAAUCAAGAAAUCCUCAAGCAAAUGUGUCUAUGCUGAAGGCCCCAGAGGAUACGACACUACAUCACAGCACAGCAAAAACGCAUGCAGUGAAACGUCCCGUGCCUUUUGACUCACUGGAAAGGCUAGCUGUUAAAAGACAAAGACUUGCAGACCAGAGGUUGCAACAGCCAACCACAGUAAAUGGACUCUUAAACAAUAAAGGACAUGAAAUUGCAGCUCCAACCCUUAACCCCAGUUUCCACACAAAGACUGAGUUUCAACGGACAAGUAACCAUACUGGUAACCAAAAUGGCAUACCAGGGGACCACAAUAGCUUUCUGGUAAUGCACAAACUGUCUAGCACCUCUGACACACCUGUCUCAGAGAGCAGAGAGCAAGAACCCAAAGGAAGCAACCACCAGCCACCACAGGGUGACUCUGACUGCGCUUACCAGCAGCUCGCCAACAGCCAGCACAGGAAGAAGAAAUCAAAAAAGCACAAAGACAAGGAGCGGGAGUGGUUAAAAGACAACAAGGGCAGUGAAUGGUUAGAGACGAGUCCUGAUCUCAAGCAGAACCUGGACAAACUUGACAAUCCUGAAAUCACAAAUGCUGUGGCCUCUGAGGAGAAGCCAGAUUAUGUGCUCACAUACGGCACCAUCAUGAGUUUGGAGCAGCGUGAGAGAUACCAGGAGGAUUUCUGUGCAGAGUAUGAUGAAUACAAAGACCUCCACUCCCGGAUCGCCACCAUAACUCACAUGUUUGUUCAGCUAGGAUCCAAGAUCAAAAGCUUGUCUCCUGGCACACAAGAAUAUAAGAUAAUGGAAGAGCAAAUACUAGAAAAGUACAACAAGUAUCGAAAGAAGUUCCCAGGCUACAGGGAAGAGAAGAAACGCUGUGAAUAUCUCCAUGAGAAACUGUCCUACAUCAAACAGCUCAUCAGUGACUAUGAUGUCUCUCAGGCCUCUUCAUAGCAUUGGCUCUGCCCUUUAUCAGAUUUUUUUUUUUAAUGGAACCCCCUUCUUUGCAUAAACGACAUAGGUGUCAAACAGAGCGUUUUUACCUGAGAGUAAUAUAAAAGGUUUUGGAUGAAACUGCAGACAUCAACAAGGACUGCCUCUGCUGGGAUCACAGAUGAUGCUGUGAGCACCAAUGAUAUAAAUCAGUAGAAGAUUUCACUCUGGUAUUUGUAGGUGUAUUUGUUUUGAAGAUCUAAUUUCUUCAGAGAUGCCAAAAUUCCAAGGGAGAGGCAAAGAAAUUAGAUCUUGGAAAGCAUCUGUGCACAUCAAAUUGCCACGACAGACAAAACCCUUAUAGUCUUUGCCAGCAUCUUCAAAACCAGUGUCCGUGUAACCAUUUUGAUGGACAUAUGUAAAAGGUAGCAGAUAUGACUUAACUUAUUUCCUUUGUUUUUUACACUUAAGUCAAACAUUGCUCCUGGCAAGAUUCCCCUUUCCCUUUAAAAAAAUUCAAAAUGCAGUGUACUAUUUAAUUCCAUAUUAAAGUUGCCUCAUACAUGAUUGAAGUAGCCCAGUGCAAAAAAAAAAAUGUUUUAAAGUAAUUUAUCAGCUGUUUAAAGUAAUUUUAUCAGCUUUCAUAAAUGGUGUGAGAUAAUUCCACUUGUUCCCAGUGCAGUUGCCCUUCAUGUUUCAGGCAUUUAAAGCUAUAGUGCGUACUUUCUGUCUUCCCCAUGAGGAAUUCUAAGUAGCGACAACAAAACUGUCGGCACAUCCACGAUACAAGCCUUCCGUGAUCUCACACCACCCCGACCCCCCCCCCCCCCGUCCACGCAGUUGCUAGAAGCCAAGGAGGACACGGAGGUUUAAAAAAACAUGAUGGACUCUUCAGAAGAGGUAAUUAUCCUCACACGAUUUUCUGCACGCGGAUGACACCAGUUUCUGAAUAUAGCCAUACUGAGAAAUACAGAGAGUUGUGUGGCGCGGAUAGUCUUAAUUAGCUUUGUAACAACUCAUUUGGCAAUGGCUUGAAUGUAACGGACGUUCAUUAAUACAAAAAAAAGUUACGCACUAAAGCUUUAACUUGAAGCAAGACUAGUUUUAAAGCAAUUGCUGCAUUGGCAUCAAGAUAUUACAAGAUAAACUUGAUUUUUUAACAAAAAUCUAAAAAAAGUAGUUGAUAAUGUAUAGGAAACAAGUGAAAUAAUUUCACCCCACUGGCAGAAAACCAUAUUUUUACGACUCGGUUAAAAAGAUAUUUUUUACAUACAGCCAGUAAGGGGGUCGUACUGUUCACCAAUGAUCUGAUUAGCUUGUUUCAUGAGUGGAGCAUAUGGUCCUGACUUAAUGCAAUACUAAAAUCAAAUUCUUAACAUGCUUAACAUUUUAAAAGCAGCUGAUUCCAAUGAGAAAAAAAAGGAAAAUAUUCAAAUGGUUUGAUAUGUUAAGAUUGAGGUAUAUGCUGUCUCCCAAAUGCACUUGUGUUUAAGUAUUUAUUCACCACACCUCUUUCUUUUGAGUGACUGGUAAAAGGACCAAAAUGCUUGGCCUUGAUGGCUGUUGCAAUAAUUUGGUGAGGAAAGACGAUUUUCCUUCCCAAAGAUAUUACUGACAUUGUUAAUCAGGCACAAAGUGUAGUUUAAAGUAUUCUAACCUACUGGAAAUAAGUAUCUUUCUCUCUUUUUUUCUUCCUCAGAACUACAGACGUAUUUAUUUUAAGCCACCUUCCUCUGUUCUGUGUUGUUGUCGUUGUCUCCUCAGUUUGAACCAUCAGGUCUGGUUAUAUCAAAGUGUUUUGUUUGUUCCAAGUAGCUGGGAGAGGUUGUGAGCAGAUCAACAGUUUCCCUAACAUAAUAUAUUUUGUCACUAUAUGUGGAGAGUGAAUAGGUUAAAUCUGCCCCAAAGUCCUCUAAAUAUUAAUUCUGAAAACGGGGAGGCAGCCACUUCACCCAACACUUGAGCUGUGUCUGAAAUUGUUCGCUUAUUCACUAUAAAGAAAAAAAAGUAUGCAUUCACAUUGUAUUGCAUUGUUGGAUUAUUUUUGGGAAUUCCGGCAGCACUACAAAAUGGGGGACUACACUAAAUUGGGAACUUUGUAUUGUGCAGUGAAUGAAACAGCCCUAGCUAUUUGGUCUUUAGGGACAUAUUUGCCAUAUUGGUAAAAGUGUAAAUUUGCUGCAUUAUAACCAGUUGUGGUACUAUUUUAGCCUGGGAGGUUAUUGUCCUUCAGUUUCCAGUUAAUAAUCGGUGCCCAUUUUGGUUUUUGCACUAAACCCAGUCUGGGACAACAGGCUAGUAAAAAAUUCCAUUCAGAUUGUAAUUUUUCUUCGUGGUAACAGUUUUUGUACUGAAUGCCAUCACGUCAAGUCAAGCCUUAAGAUUACACUUUUGUAGGACAACAUUUUCAAACUGCCCAUAUCAACAAGGAGUGGUUAUCCACACACAUCUGUUAUCUGCCUUAUCUAACUGUUAGUUGUUACAUUUAAACCUGUCUUAGCAAUGUUGCUGUUUAAAUGAAUGCCAACGGUGGCUUUCUCACACAUUUGGAUAUUACUUUCUGAAGGAAACGUUUAAAAAUGGUUCCAUGCACAGAUGGGCUAUGACGGCAUAGAUUACUCAUCAGUUGCAUUUGGAAUCCUUCUGGUACUCUUGUUUUUCAUAAUCAUGAUUGAGAUAUACGGUCAGGUAUUUAUCAUUAGGAAUACCACUUUGGUUUAUUCUGCAGCUGAUAUUCCUAUUGACAUCAAGUCUGACUCAGCUCUGAGCACUUGGGGCAUUUUGAUUGGAAGACUGUCUACAGUGAUUUCUGCUAUAUUUCAAGCACAAAAAAUAACAAUCCUCAAUCACUUUCAGGUAAUUAAUAGGUUGCAGGAGGGGAGGAAAGUAUAAUCGUGUCAGGUGGUUGAUUGAAGACCAUAAUUAUCUGUGGGUUAUUAAGUUCUGUCCAGAAUCCCUGGUCUGGAAGACAGAAUAUUUCUUCCAAAAUCACUAAAUGGAUUUUAUUUAUCUGUGCAAGUCUUAAUCGCAAGCUACAAAAACAAAGUUCAUAAGGUGUUUUGAUUUUUGUACUGGUGCUGAAUAUUUACAAGGCACCAGUGUGUACUGCACAGUAUGUGUUUUUCUGUACUACUGUACAUACCUGCUGAGGGGAAAGCCUUGUCUUUGUCGCAGAGGAGUCAGAGAAGAGGGUAUGCAUUAUGACUUGUAAUUUACAAAUACUUUCUCUUUUCCUGUUGUUCAAAUUUCAAAUAAAUACAUGAUUUUAUUGUGUUA